AUCUGGAUCAUUUCGUCAACAAAAUAAACAUCACGAGCUUCUGAUGUGACUAAAUUAAUUGUUGCAUUUAUUUAAAGGAGUUCCCCACUUAUAGUUUUAGAUAUUAAGCAUUUUAUUUCAAUUGAGUGGUAAUUCCGCCGACAUAAUGGCGACUAUGAAGAAAAAGGUGAUCGCUAAAGUCCUCCUCAUGGGCAAGAGUGGGUCUGGUAAGACUAGUAUGAGGUCGAUUAUAUUUGCCAAUUACAUUGCACGGGACACACGAAGAUUGGGGGCGACAAUUGACGUGGAACACUCGCAUGUCCGGUUUCUGGGAAACUUGGUCCUCAACUUGUGGGAUUGUGGGGGUCAGGAAGCGUUCAUGGAGAAUUAUUUUGCCUCCCAAAGAGAUAACAUUUUUUCUAAUGUUGAAGUUCUCAUCUAUGUGUUUGACGUUGAAUCGCAUGAACUUGAAAAAGACAUGCAUUACUAUCAAUCUUGUCUGGAAGCGAUCCUUCAGAAUUCGCCAAACGCUAAAAUAUUUUGUUUGAUUCACAAAAUGGAUUUGGUUCAAGAGGAGCAAAGGGAUUUGAUCUACCAAACUAGAAGAGAUGACUUAAAACGCCUAUCAAAACCGUUAGAUUGUACUUGUUUCAGAACUUCAAUUUGGGACGAAACUUUAUAUAAGGCCUGGAGCUCGAUAGUUUACUCUUUAAUUCCAAACGUUCGACAGCUUGAGAAUAACUUGGCAGAAUUUGCCCACAUAAUUGAUGCGGAUGAAGUCUUAUUAUUCGAGCGUGCUACAUUCUUAGUCGUCUCUCACGCACAGAGAAAGACACACAAGGAUCCACACCGUUUUGAGAAAGUUUCAAAUAUAAUAAAACAGUUUAAACUGUCAUGUAGCAAACUAGCAGCUCAAUUCCAAAGCAUGGAAGUUCGGAACUCGCAAUUUGCUGCUUUCAUUGAUGUGUUCACCCCCAAUACCUAUGUCAUGGUCGUAAUCUCUGAUCAUAGUCUUCCAUCGGCAGCAAUGCUUCUUAACAUCAGAAAUGCACGCAAGCACUUUGAAAGUAUCGAGAAAGUUCAGUCUGCGGCAAGAAUUCUGCGUUGAAGCGAAGAAAACGAUUGAAUUAUCGGAUAUUAAAGCGUAAUAUGUCCUAUUACUGCUUAACUGGCUUCACCAUGAUUUUUAGUUGCUAUUUUGACUUACUGGUUCUACCAAAUCCACUACGGAUCAGGAGGAGUCAAUUUAAAUUAUGUUAGAUGUAAUCAAUAAUUAAAUUUGUAUUUUCAUAUCCUACUCCCAUCUUAAUCCAUGUAAUGACUGAAUGUAUGCACAGAAUGAGGCAAUACUAUAGUGAUGUUCACAAAUGUUUUACCACGACCUCAACACAGUUUUGCAUAACCCGAGGUGAGCCCGAGCCAAGGUUCCAAAGAGUUAUCAUGAUGAAAGACAUGCAGAUAUUCAUGAGGGUACGGUACUCGAGUUAAAAAAGAGAAGGAAGGUUGAUUAUAUUUCGUAUGUUUGAAAAUUUUAAAUGUUAAAAUUCCUAAUUUACAAGAAAAUAAUAGUCAUCUCUCAAUCAUUUGAAUUUUACAAGACUGCAAAAGUUUAAUACGUAUAAUACAACGAUCAGAAUUUAAUAUGAGAUAAAGUAUUUUAUUAUUAUUUAAAUGUGAAUAAAUCAAAGAAAUAAUUACAAAA